UGCAACGUUUUGGUGGGUCUCCAAGAAAAAGAAGGGGUUUACAACAAAGAACAGAACAUGAAAAUUUCACUCCAAAUAUCGGCUCAGCUAGAAAAUCUGACAUGUCUGAAACCCGAAGGAGAAGAUUUUAGAUGGUAUCUAAAGCUCAAGUGUCUAAACUGUGGUGAAGAGACCCAUGAUUUUGUGUACUGUACUGAAACUGAAAGUUCACCCUUAACUGGUGGUAGGGGCCAUGCCAGUGUUGUGCUCAAGUGCAAACUGUGUAAAAGAGAAAAUUCUAUUGACAUUAUCCCAACUACUGUGUCUCACUACGAUGCUGACAAUGCCGGCUCAUUCAAGUCGGUGGUCACAUUCGACUGUCGUGGCGUGGAACCAACAGACUUCUCACCACGGGUUGGUUGGACUGCUGUUGGAGAGAACACUGAAACUGUGUUUGCUGAUAUUGAUUUAAAGGAAAAGGAAUGGUAUGAUUAUGAUGAAAAGGCUGGACAGUCUGUCGGUAUCUCCGAGUUGAAGCAUCAGUUCAUCACAGCAAAGUGAAACCGAUGUACACCCACUGCUGAUAGAAACUCAGGACAUUCAUACAGUUAGCAAGAAGACGUGCAGCUAGAACUGGUCAACACCAACAUCCUACAGUUUAUUGAACAUGCACUUUCAUGUUUCCUGAUGACAAAAGAAAGGUCAUAGAAGCAAUUUCUGCAACAAAAUUUAAGAUAUUAUCCCCAUCAGAUGAGGAUGAAUGAAAAUGUAUGACAGGGUUGUACAGUUUGUAUAUUAUCAUCAACAUGAGGCCAGUGGAUUUCUGAAUAUCUCACUGAAUUUCAACCACUUUUGAAUCUGUGUUCAAUUUCUUACUGGAAUAAAAAAAAAUAUCAAGUUGAAAUAUUUCAGAAUGUAAUUUAUUCACUAUAAAUGCAAAAAUGUAUCAGAAAUUAAGCUAAUGUGAUUUACAGUAUCAAAAUAAUUUUACAUUUGGUGUAAAGGUCUCUCACACCUUAUUAUGUACAUACACUGUUGAGAUGGUUUCAGCUAUUUACAUUUGGACCAAAAUAAAUAUUUUACAACAUUG